AUGCUGCAAGAACUUCACCUCACCAAAGAGGACCUUAAGACUGAGACCCGUCACUUGAUGAAUUUGGGGUUUGUGCUAUUUGGUGUUGCUAGUCCGAAAAGUGCAAAAGGCAACCCCCUGGGAGGAGUAGGGAUUGCAGUCAAAAAUCACUUGGGGCCCAGGAUUCUAGUGACCUUCCACGCCUCGCAAGGCUGCGGUUAUGUCAUUGUGGCGUUGCGCUCCAAAGGGGUAGAUUUCAAUUGGAUCUCCUUGUACCUGGCAAGUGGGACUGGCUUGGAUAGCCCAGUCAAUGAUCUCAUCCUGUCCAGUCUUACCCAACAUUUGUCCCUCCUUCAAGGUAUGUGGGUGGUUGGUGGAGAUUUUAAUGUUCCGAUUCAGGACUUCCUUAACUCCAGGUAUGAAGAAAGGUGGCAGGGCCGGGUGGUUGGCAGUGGGUCUCCUACGGCGGGAGGGGACUCCGAGAUUGACUUCUUCGUCGUCCACCCCAGUCUCCAGUCCCUGUCUACGGUCCGGCUGUCUUUUGACACUCCUUUCAAGCCUCACGGACUUCUAACCUUGGACGUGCCAGUGCACUCCCUCCAGUUGAGAGUCCCCACCAUCAGGUCGGUGGUGUCCCCGGCCCCCUCCUCCUUCCACGCAAGCUCCCCAGUCCAGCUGGUCCAGAUCCUGGAUGUGGCGUCCCAGGAGGAGUCCUCUCUCGCCUUGGGCCAAUGGUCCCGCGACCUUCAGUCGGAGGCCCAGGCCACCACAGGAAAGGGCUGGUGGGUCGACCUUCCCCGCAGGCCGUUGGCCUCGCACCCACUUGGCGGAGGUGCCUGGACAGGAGGGCCUAUGGCUAUCUGGGAUAGAUGGCGCACCUGGCUUCAGACAGGGAUGGUCCCCAAAUCCUCAGAGGCCUUCGCCUCCAUCCCUCCGGACGACCCCCUUCUUCCCGUCCUAAAGGACUGGGUUCAUGCUGAUGACCGCAGCAGCCUCACUCGGGAGUUGGUGCCCCAGGUUGAGGCAAAAUAUAAGGAAGCUUUAGCCUCCCAGACCUCCCAGAACUCCGAGUCUUACUCCAAGUGGCUAGAAGAGGCGCAAAAUGAUCACCUCCGCCCCCUUUACCGCUCCCUUCGAGCUGAUGAGCAAACCUUGGAACGGCCGUAUCGGGAGUUCACUCCCCUGGCGCGGCCCUAUAAACGGCUCGAAUUUUGGUGCGAGGUCUGGCAGGGUAACCUGGUGUCGCCAGCUCCGCUCCAAGGGGAAGUAUGGGAUGCCUUGUUUGACUUAGCCCGGGAGCAGGUCCGUUCCCUGCCCAAGCAUUCUGCUAGCUCUGUCGCUAAGAUAUGCGCCGCCAGGAAUCCCAAAAAAGGAGGCCCGGACGGCUGGGAUUUCAAUGAUCUUCGAGACCUGCCUCGGGACGCGUAUGCAGUCCUAGCCAACGUCUUCAACAAAAUGGAGGAGGACCUUGCCAUUCCCCUCCAAGUUUCCCAGGUCCAGAUUGUACUUCUGGCCAAGAGUGCCUUGAAGGAAAGACCUAUCGGUCUUACCUCGGUCUUGUGGCGGCUUUGGUGUAAGACUCGGCGGUUCCUGGUUAGCCAGUGGCUGGACUCUUACAUCCCGGAUCAUCCUUUUGACUCGGCGAUUCCAGGCCGAACCUCGUUGGACGUUGCCCUGGCCAGGAAAUGCUCCAAAGAGUCUGCCAGAGUCAAGGGUUUGCACACUGUCUCGUUGUUUGUUGACAUUAAUGGGUUUUACGAUAGCGUCUCUUGGCAGAGGCUUUGCGAACAAGGCUUGCGGUUGUCUUUCCCAGCCUUGGCCCUGUGCCUCUCCCUUCGCCUCUACCAAGGAGGUCGCACGGUGGUGGGGGAAUCCCAGCCCAGUCCCACCAUCUUCCCAGGCCGGGGCAUGAUCCAGGGAUGCCCGUACGCUCCCACCUUGGCCAAGCUCACUAUGUCUGAACCCUUACAUAGACUGAAACGAGUCACAGGCUUGCAUCAUUGCGACGUAUGGUUGGACGAUGUCUCUGCAGACUCCCUCCAUGCCUCGCCGGAUAUAGCCGCGGGAGCGGCUUAUGAAGCCUUUCGAGUGCUCAAGGCCAGUCUUCAGGCUGAAGGUCUUGUCCUCAGCCAAGAGAAAACCAAAUUUGUGGCCGGAACACCCCGCUCGGCCGCGGCGCUGCGACAGCUGCUGCGGCCAGGGGACCCUGACAUAGUCGACGUGGUCAAGGAUUUAGGCCUUGACAGUGGCAGUGGCCGUCGGCGCAGGACUACUACUGCCCAGAAACGCUUCCGGGUAGGUAGCCUUCGUAACCUGAAGUUGGGUAAGCUUCGUAUCCCGUCACGCCGCGUCCGGCUACGGUUGCACCGUUCUAGUGUGGUCACCUCGGGUCUUUAUGGCCAUGAAGCACAAGGGGUUGCCCCUAAACAUAUGAAAACCAUGCGCGCAGCGGUAGCCCGACACGCAGGCAGGAGCCGAUACGGUUCAACGGAUACCAUCCUAGAUAUGACGGCCCACGAGGUUCAGGAUCCCUACCUUAUUGUGGUAACCCAGCACGUGGAAAGUCUUUUCAGGAUGAUGGCCAGAUGUAACCGCAUGGGAUGGGAGGCAGUAAAGGACACUUGGCGAGUGGUCUGGAAGCGGCUGGAGGCUGCGAAGCACGGUUGGUCCGUGGUCACUGGACCCAUCUCUGCCAUGUGUCAAUACCUCCGCGACCUCCAGGUCGACGGCCAUGAUCCUUCCCGCUGGGUUUUUGAGGAGCGUGUUCUCGAGAUCAAGCCCUCUGAGGUUUCGGUUGUCUGCCAAACCUCGUCUUUCCUCAUGGACAUCAUCAAAACCCAGAGGUCUCGUCGCAUUGGAUCGGCUUCGUCGGCAGCGGGUGCUGCUGGCGGGGUCGACUGGACGGUCCCGCGUCGCCUGCUCAAGUCAGUGCGCACCAAAACAACCCGGUACGCCUACCGGGCUGUUUUCCAAGGGUCCAGCCGUAGCCAUUUUGGCUCAAGCCAUUUUGGCUCAAGCACCUCGGUUCGAGUAAGGUGCACAGAAAAAUUUUUGUCUCUUCUAACCUGGGCUUGA